AUGGCGGAAACACCCUUCGGGCAUGUACCCAGGCCAGAGGCUACAGGGGGAGUCUCGGGGGUUGCAUCCAACGUAACGGCUCAGAUGUCAUCAUGGAUGAGCUCCGUCAAGGAUGCAGGCACAAUGGCUUUCAACAAAGUGAAAGACAACCAGCAGAUACAGGCGUUACACUCCACAGCCUCCAAGUUCUCCGAGAACGUUUCAGGGGCAGUACGAUCUUCUCCGCUUGGAACAGUGUCGCAGCAGGCUGAAUCCAUGAAGACCCUCAUCACUGGGCAGCAAAAGGAGCCAGAAACAGUGUCCGAGUAUGUAGAUGAAGCCAUGACCCUCUCAUACAAGAAACGUUUGAUUGGUUUCGGAAUAUGUCUACUCUCGGGGAUCUUCUUCACCUUCUUGUCGACGCUCAUGCUACCAUUGAUCGUGAUCAAACCUCACAAAUUCGCUGUUGCAUACAGUCUUGGAAAUCUUCUCAUGAUGUUAAGCACGAUAUUCUUGGUUGGACCGAAGAAGCAAUGUCAAAACAUGUGGACAGGCCAUCGAGCCAUGGCCUCCAUUGCCUACUUUGGGAGCAUGGUUGGAACAAUCUAUGCGGCUAUGGGGUUGCGAAUAUACAUUCUGGUCAUCAUCUUUGUAGGAAUACAGUUUGCUGCUCUGAUCUGGUACUCUUUGAGUUACAUCCCCUUUGGGCGGUACAUGCUUUGCCUGUCCUUCGACCAGGCUACGGUGAUGCUUUGA